AUGUCAACUUACCAAAAUUUAAAUCGAAUUAAUUCAACUUCAACAACUAUUUUAGAAAAGGAUUUAGAUGACGAAUUAUAUCAAGAUGAAGAUAAUGUUAGUGUCCUGGACGCCAGUGAGAAAACAAAUGAUCUACAACCAGUUCAAGUUGAUUAUGACUCAGAUAUUGAACACGAGCAAGAGCCAUUACGUGAUUUUUCUUGUAAAGGUGUCUAUUUGGAACAGUGUAAAAAAAGGGCUGUAAUACCAUCGAAACAUUAUUUGAGAAAUUUGAACAAUGAAUCGUUAAUAAUUCGUUAUUACGGAAUGAAACCGAUUAAUGUUAAAGCCAUGGUACCAUCAUUAAAAAUAAAUACAACAGUAACAAAAUUAGACUUAAGAGAAAAUUGUUUAGGAUCUUUAGGUGCCAUACACAUUGCUCAAUUGCUUAAAGAUGCAGUAUAUAUAACAGAAUUGAAUUUAUCAAAUAAUGAUAUUGGACUACAAGGUAUGAUUUCUAUAGAGAAUUUAUUGCUAUCAAUACAGGAUAUCGAUAAGAACAAUUGCUUAGUUCAAACGAUAGGAGAUUUAGUCCCUUUACCACGAAAAAUCCUUUUAUCUUCUUUCUAGAUGCACUUUCUCACUUCAUUCAGUCAUUCGUAGAAAUUUGGAGAAAAGCUCAUUCAGUAAACGGUUGUUUUAUUCGUUGUUCUUUUCAACAUACUUACGUUAAUUAUUGUCUGCUGAGUCCCGAAAGUAAAGUAAAGGUGAAGUCCGCAUAAGAACGGUAAUCGGCCCACUAACAAUAACCUCUCUAAUCGGUCCCAACCUCAUCAGAAACACAUCCGAUUAUCAUAUUCGAUGAUUUCGACCCUUCCGAACGCUUUCAGUCGAAUAUACCCGACAGAAUCUACUUGAAACCAAGCAACAGUUUAGCACCAACAGUAU